AUGAACACAAGCACACCGUCGACUUCUCUCAGUGAUAGGUCCUUCAACACCGAACCCAACAACGACGCCGCCAUGAUGCUCGCCCAUACCUUACCUCGUCAUCAUUAUGAGACUCCUGCACGCUUCAAUUCGGAGGACGACGCGGCCGCCGUCCAACCCACCGAGCCUGUUGAGCAAAUCGUCUUCACUCAUGACGAACUGACCAAGUAUGACGGCACCGACGACUCUAAACCCAUUCUCGUCGCCAUCAAGGGAACGGUCUUUGACGUGUCGCGCAACACCGCGUACCGUCCCGGCGGAGCGUAUCAUGUCUACGCUGGCAAAGAUCCUUCUCGCGCCCUGGCCCUGUCCAGCAGGGACCCCGAGGACUGUGUACCGGAAUGGUACGACCUCGAGUACAAGUACAGGACCGUCCUGGAUGAAUGGCACACGUACUUCCAGAAACGAUACAAGGUUGUCGGCUCCGUGAAGUCGGGGGUUUUCGCAUUGGAGGUACCACCCUCGUGA